AUGGCCCCCGCCCCCGUCGACACCCAGCGGCCCUCGAUGCGCAGAAAAUCGUCAGCGCAGAACCUCCUCGCGUCGUUCAAGGGCGCGCCGCCUGGCCCCCCGCCGCCCAUCGCGACCGCGAGCCUCUCGAACGCGGGGCACUCAUACACGGGGACACCCACGACCAGUACGCCUGUGACGAGGGAGUGGGAUGUGCAGAGUAUGGGGUCGGACGGGGUACCCUCCGCGGUGCCCACUGCAGGCGCAAGUCCAGCGCUGGGGACCGCCACGUCCGUAGAGUACCUGCGAGACUUGCUGCAGAAGCGCAUAAUCACUCUGACUUAUAUGCGCAACGUGCAUGAUGGGCGGAGUCAUUGGUUCCACACCAUCAUGAUGUCGCGGGCAGAGCUCGACCGCGUGUUCAACAACACCGCGAUGAAGAAGCGGACAUACCGCUUUGCCAUCCUAGGCAUGUCGCUGUCUACUCUGUUCGACAUUCAGCAACCCCAGGAUCUCCUGCGCGGGCUGUUAAACACGUUAAAUGAGUUUGAGAACAUGAAGGAAGGCGAGGAAAAGUCGAGGGUGAGAUUAUUCAGUAGAUCGAGGAUGUCGAAGCGCCAGGCAGGCGCAGUGAGCGACUAUGCGAUAUCCUACUCUGACAGCUCAGACAACUCUUACCUAGUGAUCCCCCACAUGCCGUUCCCCCUCGACUACCACCAAACUCUCCUAUCGCUCUUAGACGUCCUCUCCGAGCUAUACAAUAAAAUCCUCCGCUUCCUUGGGCCCUCGCCUUUCCCUAACGCACAGCACAUGCUUGGGCCUCUCGGCGCGCUGUCCCCUCACCCGGGCGUGUCGUACUUGUUCUCGCAGCAGGCAGAAGCAGAUCCGGACAACGGAUUGUGGGGCAUCGCCAACGCGCACGGAGGGCCUGGCAGCCAGGGUCCGUUCGGCGGCACGCCGGGGCUGGGCGGCCUCGGGAGCCCCCCGCCAAGCUGGACGCCCGGACUGGGGGAGAGCGUGCUCAAGAUCGACGGCAAGUUGAAAAAAAUCACGUCCACGCUGCUGAAAGAGCUCGAUACCUUUGCGCGGAACAGCAUCAAGGACGAGCUGUCCUCGCUCGACCCGCUCCUGCGCAACGUCGACGCCUCCGUGGCCGAGGAGGGGCGGGAGCAGUACGACUUUGAAGGCAGCGUCGAGUAGGGGUGGACGUUCGGACGGUUCGGUCGGACGGUUUGGCGUAUCUUUAUUUCCUCCCCGUUUGCUUGCUUUGGUUUUCGCGUUUGCAUAUUGUGUACUAUCCUAUUCUACCCUACGCUGGCAUGUAAAUAUGUUAUAUAGCUGUAUGUUUUAUUUCUGUGUUCCUGUG